CCAGCGGGGCGUCCCCCGCUAGGACCCGCCAUCCACCUGCUCCCCGCUGACCGGCUGGGGGCAGCAGCUGGCCCUGGGCCAACCCCCUCCCCUCCUUUCAGCGGACAUCGGGCGUUGUGCGCCCCCCGCGACAGCUGUCCGGAUGAGCGACAUAGCAACAGCCUCGCUUUCGAUGGGCCUCUCUGCCCCUCCCCCAGCCCAUGCGCAUCUUCCUGGAAAAUGUUUGUGUACUUAUGGGGAUACCUGUAUAGUAACUUCUUCCGGUUUUGGCUGAAAUGGAUCUUGAGGCAGCUCACUGGAAAAUGUGAAUUACAGCGUAUCUGUGGUGGCUCAAAAGAAGGUUCACAACGGACGCUAGAGAUAGAGUACUCAUUGGGAUUAUCAAAGAGUAAGGUAUUAAGACAUGCUGUACAUGUUGGUGAAGCUGAAGUGGAAAAAUGUGUCAUAGGUAUAAUGAAAGAAAAGAAGAUUAAUAUACAGAAGGAUACAGGUUUUAAGACAAGCCUGCAGAUAUGUUUGCUGCAGAUAUCUGGUUAUAAGAAGCUUUUUUUGGAGGUGGAAAAUCUGAGGAAAGUUCCAUAUGAUUCAGAUAAUGAAGAACAUGAAAAGCAACUAAUCCAGCUUUGGAAUUUGCUGAUACCUCAUGAAAAUCUGAAGGCUAGAAUCACCAAGCAGUGGUGUGACAUUGGUUUCCAAGGUGAUGAUCCCAAAACAGACUUCAGAGGAAUGGGCAUGCUGGGAUUAGUCAAUCUGGUGUAUUUUAGUAAACAUUACACCAGGGAAGCUCGCCAGAUCCUCUCUCGUUCAAAUCAUCCAAAAUUGGGAUAUUCCUAUGCAAUAGUUGGGAUCAAUUUGACAGAAAUGGCUUAUAGUUUACUAAAGAGUGGUUCUUUAAAGUCUCACCUCUACAACUUGGUCCCUGGAUUGCCACAGAUGGAACACUUUCAUCAGUUUUAUUGUUAUCUGGUUUAUGAGUUUGACAAAUUUUGGUUUGAAGAAGAACCAGAAAGUAUUAUGCACUUCAACCACUAUAGAGAGAAAUUUCAUGAAAAAGUUAAAGGACUUCUUCUGGACUAUGACAAAGUACUAACCUUACAGAAUAUAAAGAAACCAUAGCCUCAUCUGCAGUCUACCCAGUUCUGCUCAUAAAAUGGAAUUAUGCAUUCUCAUGGAAUUCUCACACUUAUUUUACCAAAAUAAUUUGUUUAAUGAUGGAACUUUUUAUACAUAUAUUUUUGAAAAAACUCAAAUUCAGUUAUGAAAGCUUGGACAAUCAGCCUCUGUUUACAGGUCUUAUAUUCUAUUCUCCAAAGGAAAGUUUAAAAAAAAAAUCCUGUAUUGAAUCUUCUGCCCUCCUAACUUUCAUACACCUCUUGGUGCAGGAACUUGAAGUAGGUAUUUAUGCUGCAUUAUGGUAUCUUCGUUAUGUAACCUAUUACUAGGUUCCUUUUCUACCAUUAACAGUUGGUUAGUUGUCUUUAAGAGGGGAAAUUGCUUUGGUUUUAGAUUUGUUUCUCAAGUUCUGUCUCCUUGUUUAUCUGCACAUAGCUUGGGGUCUGUAAAAAUGUUAAAUUUCUGUUUAAAGAGGUCCAUGAAGAUGAUGUAUCAAUUAUUUGUGACUUGGAAGAAGAGGUUUCAUUUAUUCAUAUUUACACACAAGAACAAACAUGGUUCUGGUUGAAAUGAUCCUCCCUCCAGGAAAUAAGUACCCACAACCCUGUGCCUGGAAGGAACUUCCCUCAAAAAUAACAACAACAAAAUAGUGUAAGGCCGGAGUCCAUCAGUAAAGAAGUCCCCUUUAACAAGGAGAUCUUUCAUGUCACAUGGUGCCAUAGAUAUUUUCAGCUCUCAAUCCCUCUCUUUCAGUUUGGGCUACAGUUUUUCAAGCUAUCCUACUUGAUUUUGUAUUUUUUGUUGGCCCAUUCUUUUUCCUCUAUCAGCCAACAGAAUGACUUUUGAAUGGGGAGUGAUAUCUAGGAGAAUUACUUAACCUCUUUUUGUAGUUUGUUCAUUAUUUUCCACAAAACUUUGUUGCGACUGAAAUCCAUGAUUUGUGAAGGUAAUUGGAACUCUUCACUUCAUCCAUACUUCCAAGGAAGUAGUGGUACAACUUUAAUAGCAUAAAAGCAUGUUUCCAAAUUUGGGCAUUCUAGGCAAUCCAGGUACUAGGAGUUGGUACCUAUAGCAGUCUGUGAUUAUUAAGCAUUGUUUAAAAUGUUAAACAGGCUUGGCAUAAACUUAAUAUAUUUUUUAAAGCCUACUAUUUAAAUAAAGUGCCUUCUGCUUAAUUCAAUCACUGUUUAAUUUGACCCUCUAACUUUAGCAGAGCUUCAGAAACCUCAGUUGUUUGGGGGCAGAGACGAUCUCUCAUAUGCUUGAAUAUCACAUAGUGGAUGCUAUCAUGCUACAAAUACAAAAAAAACCCCACAAUGCUUUAUUUUAUCUCUGGUAGGCUUCAUUAGUUAUGAAAAAAGGCCAACAUUCUGAAUGGGAGAAGGAAAAGAACAAAGGAAGAUCCUUGUGAUUUAACAAAAAGAUAAUUGGAAGAUAUUCAGACCCUACAAUAUAAGUAUUAUUGUAUAGGCUGUGAUUUCUACCACUCCAUCCCCUAAUUCUUCUUGAUCUACAUGAACAACAUGAUCAGCUGCUUAUUGAAGUCGAAAUUAUAGCAGAGAGCAAUUAUAUAUACAAAAAGUUUUGUUUUGUUCUAAAAUGUAUUACAAAUAGGUGAGGUUUUAAACAUUGUUUGAGCUCCAUCUGCCAGAAGGUGGAGAGAUGUAAAGAUUUAUCUUCAUAUUUACAUUUGCCCAUUACCUUUAUACUUGAAAUGGUGCAGUUAGGGGAAGAAAUUUGGUUGAAAAGUAACUGAUGCAAUAUGCACAACACAUCCUUUCUGUGCACACACUACAGUAACUUUUAAUUUGGCAAAAUCUGUUUUUAAAUGUGGUACAUUCUUGUUAUGCUACACUCUGCGCACACCUUUCUGGAGGCACGCUGGUACUACAGUGAUGAUGACUUUAUAGGUACCUAAAUAGCAGAAUUAAAUGUUUCUUCAUUGGAUUUCUGCAAAUAAUUUUUGCUGGUUUCAAAUGUAGUUUAUAAUGAAAAUGUACAUCUGCUAGUAUAAAACAAUAUAGAAAUAGAGCCUUAACAAAUGUGGAAUAAAGUAUGAUUUCAUUCAUGAAAGACUUACUCCAUGUUUCUCACCACACUAUAAAUACAAGAGGGAAAAUAUGAAGCGCUUCCAACUGGAUGAUUAGAAACUCCAGACCAGUUUAAUUCCUUGAUUUUGAAAACCUGCCUCAUCACCAAAUAAACGGUACAUUUGAGGUGGUGUAAGAUUUCUCCCAAAAGCAUCCUUACCUUAUUUUUACAAGACUGAUUGUAAUUGCUCUUGUAGCAACUGUUUAAGACGUAACACUGUAUCCCAGUUCUUGAAAAUUUACCAAACGCCCAUUAGGUGGUCAUCUAAACUUACUACAAGAGAUAGAUAAAAAACAUCAUAGGCAGGGGACCACCACCAGCAAGCAGCCUACUUACUCUGCCACCCCUAGCUGCUAGGCAUUUCAUAUUGGUGACCAUUAAAAUGGGAGCUGAGCACAUAUACUCAAAGUCCCAGGAUUUCUGUCCUGGUUUGGGGCACCAUCUUUUGUGUUACUCUGUGGCUAUUAAGUGUCUUUUGUAAGUUUAGAAAUUCCCAUAAAGAAUGUUCAGGUGGAAGGGCAGAUCUCUAGGGUUCUGCCUCCCCCCCCCCACUUCCUGGCUGCUCUCCAUCAUUCUACCUGCUUCCAUAUAGUUUCUCCACCCUAAGUAACUCUAUUGCUUACCUUGUUGCUGCUGCAUAGCUUUCCUCAGGAAUAGCAGCAUGAAAUUCAUCUGAUUGAAUUUCACUGAGGACAACAUGCUGAACAGAAUUAGUGAAACCAGCCAUACUAUUGUUAAUUUUACCAUGCUACUGUUUGGCAAAGUUACAAGCAGCAACAAUAACAGAGGAGCUGGAACCAACUGGCUGCAGAGCCUAGCCUGUUUUGUCAUCCUUACAUUUGGAAGAUUAUUUUUGCAACUGUAAAGGCUAGAAAUGUAAUUAGAAAAAAAGAUGAAACCUAUAAUUCCACAGAAACUUUAUGUUAAGAUCCUUUACUCCUAGGAAUAACUUCCUGCUUGCCAUUGGCAAAAGGAUUUUUCAAGCCCUGUCCUAUACAAUUUCAGAUUUCAUAUAGCACAAAAUAAUCUUAACUAAGGCAUCUUGGGAUAGAGUCUAGACCAGGGAUUCUCAAACUUCAUUGCAGCGUGACCCACUUCUGACAACAAAAAUUACUACACGACUCCAGGAAGGGGGACUGCAGUCUGAGCCAGCCAGAGCCCUGCUGCCCUGGGCAGGAGGGGGAGAGGAGCGGGCAAAGUCCAAGCUCCACCAUCUCAGGUAGGGGGCCUGUAACCUGAGCCCUGCUGCCCAGUGCUGAAGCCGAAGCCCGAACCCCACUUCACAGGCCUGAUGCCUUUGGGCUUCAGCCUUUGGGGGUGUGGCUUUGGCUUUGGCCCCAGGCCUCAGCAAGUCUAAACACCAGUCCUGGCAACCCCAUUAAAAUGGGGGUCGCGACCCACAGCUGGUCUAGACUGGUCUAGACUGAGUUCAGUCAAAGUUUGUCAUCACUUUUUAUAAUCAAAACCAUGAGCUGAGAAUCAUGAAAAUACACAAAUUAAGAACAAAGUAACCAUCAUUAAAUAUGGAAAAGCUACGUAGUCAAAUGUAUGGAUGGGUUAGGUCACAUGUAAUAAUUGUUUAAAAUGAGUGUAUUUUUCUAGUUCCCAGUGUAUUGUUUCCUGAACAGUUUAAAAACUAGAAUUUGUAUGUAGUUUUAUAUUAUUAAGUACAUAUUUUGCAUGUAGCAAGUUAAUUGUAUGUAUUGGUAACUAGUUAGGAUGGAGUGUAAAAACACAGGGCAAAAACUGUGUCGGGGUGGGAACUUGCUGGAGGCAAAAUUGCCUUGCAAAGUCUAGUUAACAAGAUUUUAUAUUAACUAUUGCAUUCAUACUAUGAAAUGACAGUCCUAAUUUAACAGACGAUCUAGACUGGAAGUGUGCAAUGACCUAUUUAACUGGAUAUAUUCAGUUUGCAUAGCAUUGAAACUAAUUGUGAAUACUUGAUUACAAAGCAUCCCUAAAAUUAAAGUCUUGGUUAAAGUCCCUGUUGCUUUAUAAUACUGUUUAUUAGAUACACCUCAAGUUUUAAAAUAUGUAUUUAACAGUUCUUGGAAAUACAACAAAAUAAUUUGAAGUUUGACAUUCUUCCUUUUAAGUGGAAUAAGCAAUGUUGAAAGAUGGGUUCAGUUGCAGAACAUUUGUGCAGACACCAUUUUAAACUGGAAUUGUUGGUAGCAAAAUGGAGACAUAUCUUAAUGAAAAAAGUUCCUAUGCUACUGCUGUUUCUGAUAAACCAAUAUGGAGGAUCAUUGGGAUGUACACUGCUCAAGAACUCUAGAGAAAGAAGCUAAUUUAACAUUUCCAUGCACUGGCAAACUUGGUUUUCAGACUCUGAACAAAUGAGCAGUUCUCAAUUUUUCAUAUUACUUCAGCUCUUGCCUAAUUGAAGAAAUCCGUUUUCAAUAAAUGUUCUAUAAAACAUCAGUAUCAACUUUUUUUUAAGAUGUA